CUUUUGUCUUUCCAUUUGUAUUGACGGUUGGAAUACACAAAUAUAUGAAAAGGGAAAUCAAAUUUGAAAAAUCUAAGGAUGAUACUCCUUAAAAUGUUAUGGGCAGGGAUUUAAAAUUUUGAAACAUGCCCAAGUGAAUUCGAAACUUCAAUUCGGGCGAGAGCGAAAAUUUUGAAACCAAAAAAAGGGAGGGAAACCGCACAUUUUCACCACACGUGUACGCUUCCAUCUGUGCACCUCCACCCACACUAUCCCCUCCUUCUCCCUUCUUCAUUCUCCGUCUCUCUGCACCCGAAUUUCUGGAAAUUUCUCGGCGAUAAACUCUGAAAUUCGCCUCGGAGGGAAGAAGAUGAUCAAGGAGUUCGGGUGCGAAGACCUGGUGGCAUUUCCCCUCGACGUUGUCGCGAAGACGGGAGGACAAAUCAGAACCAGCGCGGUGGUGAUUCAGGUUCUGCAGAACCUCCGCCGCACCGGAGCUCACGAACUCUGCGGCUACUUCCUCUCCGUCACCAAAUUCAUCAGCAUAGGUGCGUAUGCUUCAUCCUUGCGAGCUUAUUCUAAACAGGAAUUUGUAUUUAAUGGAGGUGAAUCGACUAAUUUCUGUGCUUUAAUGGUGGUAAUAGGAACCCUAAAGUUGCUUCCGUUGUCGAAAAUCGUUAUCAUUCCGGUGAAGUACAAUUUCCGGAGCUUUCUACCGACGCCGGGCGAAAAACUGGUCGGAAUCAUCAGGCGGGUGUUCCCGACGGCGGUGCUCUUGAGCUGCGGACCGAUGAACGUCAUUUACCUUCACCAGUCGAAGAUGCCGGGGUACAAGUAUGUGGGAGGAGAUGCAGAGAAACCGGCGAUGUUCCAAAGGGACGAUCUGACGAGGAUUGAGAAAGACGCGGCGGUGCGUUUCAAGGUGCUGGACGCGCGGUGGUCGGACGUCGGCGGCGGGCUGUUGAAAAGGGAGUUCAAAAUCCUCGCGAGCAUUGAAGGCGACGCGGGGGACUCUCUUGGACCGGUGGCGGUGGUUGAGUCCGACGGGUCGGCGGCUGACUUCCCGUGCUUUUGUCCGCCGCCAUAGAUCAGCGCUUUGUCCCUCGGGUACUGCAAAUCCUGCAAUUAUUCCACUCGCUAAAAUGUGCUGUACAUUCGACCAAACACGGCCUUGCAACUCCGUGAUAAUUAACUCCGUAAUUAAUUAAGCUUAUAUAA